UUAAUUAGGCCUCGUUCAUACUACCCUAUUCCCUCCGUCUAAAAAAACAAGUCAUUCUAGAAUUUAUAUGACAAUUUAAUAAGAAGGUAAAAUGAUCAUGUUUGCUCCUAUAUAUUAUUCAUAUUUGGCACUAAUUGAUCUUUGCAUGCACACGUACUUUCUAAAUAAGAUAAUAUGUACUUUCUAAAUAAGAUAAUAUGGCUUGUUGCCUUGUUAUUUGGGACAAAUUUUGAAUCUUAUAGUGAUCUGUUUUUUUUGGGACGGAUGGAGUAGUGGCCAAUGGAUCAAAUAAUAGCGGCCAAUGGAUCAAAUUCACAAAUAUUAUCCUGGCGAAUUUGCAGUUGGCAAAUAGCAACUCCAUCGUCCUCGCCGGUUCCUUUCUCUCAUGGCGUGUUCGGGACUUCGGGUGCACGUACCAUUUGAGAUAAUUUUCUACAAAGAGCCAUGAAUAAUAAUAAUAAGGUUCAAGAAAAUUGGUUGAGCCACGUCGUCCAAAAUGAUCUUUGUAUAUAUAUAAUUUGGUACAUGUAACUAAACACAUUCUAAAAUCUCAAGUAGGUAAUUGCAGUUGGAACAUGCAACUAGAUACAUCCUAGGCAGGGCAUAAGGCGAUGUCUGGAGCGGAUGAGUUGCUGCUGUGGAUUACAUUAAGGAUUUUGUUUGCGGCUGCCGUCUGCUUGGAGAUGCCCGCUUCUCCAGGUGAGGUCGCUCUCUGUCUGCAAAUCCAAACUGACAAGCGCUAUGCGUAGGCGAGGCGACCUCCCCAAUGGGUUCCAGGCUUCCAUUCCAGGUCGUCGAACCUACACGGUUACACCACCAACGCCAGGCGAGUCGACGAGUUUCCACUUUCCAAGAGGGGGUCGAGGGGUUCAGGGAUCGGAGGCCAAGUGACCUCAAGCAUCAGGCGACGUGAUAAUCUCUGCUGGAUUAUAUGAGGCCCUGCAUUGAUUCCUGCGAGGUGUUUGCCUUUGGGGGAGAUUGCAAAAGCAAGUGCCAGUGGAAGCAAAGUUAUUUGUUGCGACAUCUCGUCUGAUGGCAAACUGCUUGCUACCGGUGGUCAUGAUAAAAAGGCUGUCUUGUGGAGUACAGAGCCCCUAGAGCAUAAAUCUUCGCUGGAAGAGCACUCGAUGCUGAUCACUGACGUUAGAUUUAGCCCAAGCAUGCCGCAACGCCUUGCUACAUCCUCCUUUGACAGAACGCUGCGGGUUUGGGACGCUGCUGAUCCGGAGUAUUCACUGCGUACUUUCACAGGACAUCAAGCAUCCAUUAUGUCACUUGAUUUCCAUCCUAACAAACAAGAUGUGAUAUGCUCCUGUGAUAGCGCCGGGCAAGUGCGUAGCUGGAGCACAAAUUAUGCUAACUUACUCUGUCUGAACUGUGUCAAGGUGUCCAGGGGUGUUGCUGUUCAACUGAGAUUUCAACCUCGAAGCGGAAAAUAUCUAGCAACAGCCUCAGAGAAGGCUGUCUUCAUACUUGAUGGGGAAACACAAAUUGCCCGUAGAAGCCCUUUACAGGGGCACUCUAAGGAUAUUCAGUCACUUUGCUGGGAUUCUCCAGGUGACUAUCUGGCUUCUGUCAGUGAAGACUCGGUCAGGAUAUGGUCGUUUACUUCUGGGCAUGAUGGUGAAUUUGUGCACGAGUUAAACUGCAGCGGGAACAGAUUCCACUCCUGUGCUUUCCACCCAGCCCGUCCAUCAUUGCUAGUAAUUGGUUGUUACAAGGCAAAUAUCUCAUUUUUCAUGCCCAUUUAGUCAUUUCCUGAGCAUACUUAAAUCGAUCUUCUUUUUCAGAUGGUUCUAACAUUGGCUUGUACUUUUGUGUCGUGCAGUCUUUGGAACUCUGGGACAUAAGGGGAAAUAAAUCAAUUACGCUCAACAAUGCGAAUGGUGGGUUAGUUGCAGCCCUAGCAGCGUCCAGCGGAACAGGGCACGUUGCCUCAGUAAGUUUCGAUAAGAUUGUCAAGUUUUGGAAAUGACUGGCGUAAUCCGUCCAUUAGAUGACUACCAUGCUGUUGUCCUGGACUCCUGUUGGUCAUUGUGACUUGUUAAAAGAAAAAGCGGGCCGGCGUGCUCUAUCUCUGGACUAUGUCAAAAUUUCGUCGGACACAAGUUACGAGCUUUUUUAUUUUUUUCAUCAGUGUCUUGUCUUGUAUGUUGCUGUAUUCACUUUUCUGAUACAAAACCAACAAUUUAUGGGUGUCUCAUUGU